UCUUUCUUUCUUUAUCUAAAGUUUUCACUUUUAUUUUUAUUUUCCAUUAAGAAAGAAUCAGAUUAGUUGCUAAAAACUUCUUUCUUCAGAUUAGUAUCUUCACCCACAAGGGAUUAGGGUAUAGUUUUAUUUAACCAACUUGUUAGGAAUCACCAAAGUUGGAAGCUUUCCCCUCUCUCUCUUUGAUUGGAUUCUCUGUUCUUCCCCUGUUUACAAAGAUCUCUCUGCUUUGAUUUGAUUUGAUUCUUCUCCCUCCUGAAAAUGGCUUCUUCUUUUUUCAGAUGCUGCUUCACUGAUGAAUAACAACUAUCAUCUUCCCAUGGAUCCAGCUAUGGAUUCUUCAUUCAUGGACGGAUUGCUUCUAGAUGGUUGCUGGUUAGAGACAACAACAACAGAUGCAUCUGAGUUCCCAAACUUUAGUCCUUCAACUUCCAUAUCCCCAUUUGAUCCUUCUUCCUUCAUGUGGUCUCCAACGCAAGACAACACAACAGCAGCACCAAUCUCUUCCUCCACCUUAUCCCAGGUGUACUAUGGUCAGGGUCUUGAGGAUCUCUCAUCCCUGAACAGACGGUGGUGGAUUGGACCAAGCGGUGGUGGUCUCGGCUCUACCGUUAUGGAGAGAUUGGUUCAAGCGGUGAAACACAUUAAAGAUUUCAGCAGCGAUAGAGGUGACUCUCUUAUACAGCUGUGGGUGCCUGUGGAUAGAGGAGGUAAGCGAGUUUUAACCACAAAGGAACAGCCUUUUAGCCAUGAUCCCAUGUCUCAAAGGCUUGCUCAUUACAGAGAGAUCUCUGAGAAGUACCAGUUCUCUGCUGAGCAAGAAGAUUCAAGCUCUUCUUCCAAGGACUUGGUUGGUUUGCCUGGUAGAGUUUUCUUGGGGCAGGUCCCUGAGUGGACUCCUGAUGUGAGGUUUUUCAAGAACGAGGAGUAUCCUAGAGUCCAACAUGCUCAAGACUGCGACGUUCGUGGGACUUUAGCUAUUCCUGUGUUUGAACAGGGUAGUAAGACUUGCUUAGGUGUUAUUGAGGUUGUGAUGACUACUCAGAUGGUUAAGUUGAGCCCUGAGCUUGACAGCAUCUGCAGAGCUCUUCAGGCUGUUGAUCUUAGAAGCACUGAAGUUCCUAUUUCUCCUUCUCUAAAGGGACCUGACUUCACCUACCAAGCUGCAUUACCUGAGAUCAGAAACCUCUUGAGAUGUGCCUGUGAGACACAUAAACUACCAUUAGCUCAAACAUGGAUGUCUUGUCUUAAACAAAGCAAAACCGGCUGCCGUCACAACGAUCAUAACUACAUCCACUGCGUCUCCACGAUAGACGAUGCUUGCUACGUAGGUGAUCCCACGGUCCGUGAGUUCCACGAAGCCUGCUCUGAGCACCAUCUCUUGAAAGGUCAAGGAGUUGUUGGAGAAGCGUUUUUGACCAACGGUCCUUGCUUCUCAUCAGAUGUCUCUAGCUACAAGAAAUCCGAGUACCCUCUCUCUCACCACGCGACUAUGUUUGGCUUACACGGCACGGUAGCCAUACGCUUGCGCUGCAUCCACACAGGCUCGGCUGACUUUGUCUUGGAGUUCUUUUUGCCUAAAGAUUGUAGGGAUAUCGAGGAACAGAGGAGAAUGCUGAAUGCUCUUUCGACUAUAAUGGCUCAUGUACCUAGAAGCUUAAGGACGGUCACUGAUAAGGAGCUAGAAGAAGAAGGAGAUUCGACGGUUGAGACAGUGCCCAAGACAGAGAGUACAUGUGAAGUACAUGAAAGUAAUAGUAAUAAUCCUCAACGUGUAGGAGGAACAUCAGAGAUGGGAGAGCUAGGGUUUGACUAUGGUAAAGGAGUGAGUGUGAAUGAGAACAGCACUUUCUCUAGUGGUGGUGGUGGUGGUGGUUCAAGUAGAGUGACUGAGAGGAAGAAAACAAAAGCUGAGAAGAACAUUACUUUGGAUGUUCUUCGCCAAUACUUUGCAGGGAGUCUCAAAGAUGCUGCUAAGAGUAUUGGUGUUUGUCCGACGACGUUGAAGAGAAUCUGCAGACAGCAUGGGAUACAGAGAUGGCCAUCAAGAAAGAUCAAGAAAGUUGGUCACUCGCUUCAGAAGAUCCAGCGUGUCAUUGAUUCUGUUCAAGGUGUUUCUGGUCAUCAUCUUCCUAUUGGCUCCUUCUAUGCUAAUUUUCCAAACCUAGCUUCUUCACAAGAAGCAUCAUCAUCGCAACAACAACAAUCUAAGCAGACAACGUUCUUACCUUCCUCACAGUCACAGCCUGCAAAGUCCCCUGGUUCCUCUUGCAGCCACACCUCGAGCUGUUCCAGUGAAACGCAAGUAAACAAGGAAGAACCUACGAACAAAGCUAGAGAAGAUGCAAUGACUCUCUCGAGAUCUUUUAAGGAAACGCAGACCACACAGUUGUCACCUUCAACAUCAUCACAGGACGAUGAUUUUCUGAGGAUAAAGGUGAGCUAUGAGGAGGAGAAGAUUAGGUUCAGGAUGAGAAACUCUCGUAGGUUAAAAGAUCUGUUGUGGGAAAUAGCGAAACGGUUUAGCAUAGAAGAUGUGAGCAGAUAUGAUCUGAAGUACUUAGAUGAAGACAAUGAAUGGGUUUUGUUGAGAUGUGAUGAUGAUGUAGAGGAAUGUGUUGAUGUUUGCAGAUCUUUCCCUGGACAGACGAUAAAGCUUUUGCUUCAGCUCUCUUCUCAGCAUUUGCAAGAACGUUCUUCUGUCAGUGGAUCACUUUCCUGACAAGACGAAGAGGAGAGAAAGAUGUCGCAUAUAGUUUGUUGUUGUGUAAGCAUUGUUCAUAGUUUUCCUUCCAUUUUUUUCAAGAUUAUUAGGUGGUGCUUGAUAGGGCCGAGAGAGAGAGAGCAUGUAAAGUGCCUUUCUUAUAGAAACAAAUAAUUUUAUUUUUCUUGUUUACUAGUAUGUUUGUAUUGUAAUGUUGCUGUUGGUUUGCAAAUGUAGAUACACAUUUUCAAUAAUUACAAUUUUUU